UUUCCCUGGUGGACCUCUGUGCUUGUUUUGAAGGUUUUCGAGAAAUACACUCAUUUGCAAAUUAAUUUGGUUUUCACGAGAGACUCAGCUGAAUCUCUCGUUUAUGAUAUUCUACAACUGAAUGUGUUGCACACAGGCCGCCUCAUGUUUCAGUUGUCACGACAUUCGAGAUAUCGCAAGGUUUCUGAAAACUCUUCGACAGCCCACGAUGAGCUUUUAUUGCAGGCUAGUCAAUCGACCAACACAAAUGGGGCAGGUACUGAGCCGUCCUUUUACUGGUUUGGCCAAACAAUCACCGUUCAAGCUUAUGGCCAAACCGUCCUAACUGGAACACCUGAGAUUAUUGGAAGUGUCAGUCCAGAAAAGAAAAUCAUCACGUUCAGUUUUGGUGUAUUUGAAAGACUUCCAGUUAAAACGACUGUGUGGACAGUUAAAUGUAACGGACAGACACCUAUGGAACUGUGCACCAAAAUUUGCGUGCACAUAAAAGGGAUAAAUAAAACGCCAAAGACUGCGAACUAA